AUGGAGCAGAGCACAGACGAGAGGCAAGUGUACAAUGUUCACUACACUAUGAGCAUUAAUGGAAAAGUACAAGAUGGAUCGAUGGAAAUAGAUGCUGGAAACAACUUAGAGACAUUCAAAACAGGAAGUGGGAGUGAAGAGGCUGUCGAAGUUCAUGAUUUUCAGAUUGGCAUAACUGGAAUCCGUUUUGCUGAAGGAGAAAAGUGUUACAUCAAAGCUCAGCCAAAAGCUCACAUCCCCGAAGUAGAUGCUAUGACUAAAGCGAGCCUCUCAUCUGAGCUGGAAGAUGAAAUCAUGCCUGUGAGAUUUGACGAAAACUCCCUUAUCUGGGUGGCUGCAGAUGAGCCUAUCAAGCAUAACAGUUUCCUAAGCCCCAAAAUUUUAGAGCUUUGCGGGGAUCUUCCAAUUUUCUGGCUGCGACCAACAUAUCCCAAAGAUAACCAAAGGAGAGCAAUGAAGAGAAACAAACGUCAAUCAGAAUCAAACUUUGAUACGGAAGACUUGGAAGCUGCUACUGAAGAAGUAAACACCAGAUCGCCCAUCACGCAGCUGACUCGAGAGCUUGAUCACCAAUCUAAUGAAACCAGGCCAAUGGGACAAGAAACCGAUCAAACACUUAAUCCAGACAACCCAUAUAAUCAACUGGAAGGUGAAGGGAUGGCUUUUGACCCCAUGCUGGAUCACCUAGGCGUGUGCUGCAUUGAAUGCAGACGAAGUUACACGCAGUGCCAGAGAAUCUGCGAGCCUCUCAUGGGCUACUACCCAUGGCCUUACAACUACCAGGGCUGCCGUACCGCCUGCCGAAUCAUCAUGCCCUGUAGCUGGUGGGUCGCUCGCAUCAUGGGUGUUGUGUGAGAAAAAGCAU